GGCGAAGCCGCUGUGGUCACUUCAGUGUCGCUCAGCAGGUGAAACCGAUCCACAGAGCAGACCGGUAACAUGAUGAGCUGGGACAGUCUUCUCAUUUGUUUGCUCAUAGGUGGCGCGUCUGCAGAAAUGACCAUCGCCACAGUGGGGACGGAUGUGACUUUAACGUGUAACUACGAUGCUGAGUACUACGGCAGGCUGUCUGUGUGCUGGGGCCGAGGGCCCAUACCCAACAGGGGCUGCGCCAACGAGGUGAUCCGGUCCGACGGGACGUCGGUGACCAGCCGGCUGUCGGAGCGGUACCUGCUCCUGGGGAGCAUGGGCGAGGGCGACGUGUCGCUGACCAUCAGGCAGGUCGAGGAGGGAGACUCGGGGAUAUACGGCUGCCGGGUGGACAUACCGGGCUGGUUCAACGACUUCAAGCACCAGAUCACACUGACGGUCAACGCGGUGCGUCCCAAUCCUCUGAGGAUAGAGAUAAGUGAGGUUAAAGAACGAUCAAUCACCAUUCACUGGACUCCCGGGUUUGACGGCGGCCGGCCCAUCACCAGCUAUAUCGUCCAUCUAAAGCACAAACAGGCACCAUGGGACUCUGCAGUGAGAACCGAAAUGUACAACACCGCCCUGACUCAGGUGACUCUGGUGGAUUUACGUCCAGCCAAGGCCUACAACAUCCGGAUGUUUGCCGAUAACAGCGUGGGACUGAGUGAAGCCAGCGACGUCGUCACAGUGACGACCAAAGAAGCAGCACCGGAGGGGCCUCCUCUGGAUAUGAGGCUUGAGGCCGUCAGCCCUCACAGCAUCAAAGUCAGCUGGAAGCCUCCGAGAGCCGAUCUGAGAAACGGAGUCCUGCGGAGUUACAGCAUCAGCUACAGAGAGUACGACCCUGUCGGAGGACAUUUCAGGCAGUGGAGGCACCUGAGCGUCACACCCAGAGGUGAAGAGGAGAGCGCCGUCCUGAGGAACCUGAGGCCGUCCAGCAAGUACGGCGUGCUGAUACAGGCCAAAACCAGUGCAGGGAUAGGGCCUGCUUCCACGGCGCCUCUCUGCUCCACUCUGGAUGAGGUUCAUGAAGCGACGACAGCGUCCAGUCUGCCUUCGUCUCCAGCGGCAACAGUGUGGAAACAAAAAACAACCUCAGCUGCAGCAAUUACAACUGAGACCAUCCCUGAAAUCACAGUCUGGGAGCAAAGCACAGCCCACAGCACAGGAGUCGCCCCAGAUCCCCCAGUGGUUGAGUUGAAAGAGCUGAAAGACAAUACCGUUUCCAUUUCUUGGACUCCUGGCUUUGAAGGUGACAGUCCCAUCACUGCCUACUGCCUGGAGUACAAAGCAGCCAACGCCUCGUGGGACAACACAAAGACUGUGGUCGACUUUGGCCCCAACCAGACGGAGGCAACAAUAAUAGAGAUACAUCCCUCGACGUACAACCUGCGCAUGUUCGCCAGGAACAGUGGGGGCCGCAGUGAAGCCAGCAACGUGCUCACCAUCACCACCGCAGAGCCAGGUCACCAGAGGGAGAUUUUCCCCACCAUAUCAGCUGACACGCAGGCUGUGAACGCUGAGGAGCGUCCCGGCGGCCACCUCGCAGCCAUCGUGGUGCCGGUGGUGCUGGUGGCGUUGACUGUUGCCAUAGUAACGACAUGGCAACUCCGGCGAAUAAAACAUAAAAAAGGCAACCUCAAUAUGUGGCUGAAUGCAGGAGCGCGGCGUUUCAGAGGUGCCGAGUCACUCCAGGAGUUGUAGAUUUUUGUCUUUAUUCAGCAUUGUUAUUCUGUGGCAACACUGAACAAAAAUUACAGACAAGCAUAACUUUUGUCUGAUGCAGUGAAACAUGCAAAAUAUGUGAAUUUCAUGUUCAUGUUACAUUUCUUUUUCCAUGUAAAAAAAAAAGAAUUUAUAGAAAAUAUUGCUUAAACAAAAGUCUGAGUCAGGUUUUACAUCUCUGUUUUGAUGGUUAAAUUUAUGUUUCACUUCCACAUUAAAUUACACUUAUUUUUGUUAUUUCGUUCUAUUUUUGAUGACAGAGUUGCUGCCAUUACAUUUUCUCAUUAAACAUGAUCUGCGCCAUCUUUUUAAUAUUUUCAUGGCAUAAUGAGAA